ACUGUUAAAUCUAUCAAUGUGUUAUGAAUUUUCGCCUAAAAUUUGCAAAUUGUGAACCGAAAUUUGGUUGAUUAAUGCAAUGGUCCACAAUUCACAUAGAUGAGAAAACUUGGCUAAUCUUGAAGCGAAGUUUGAUAUGAAAAGGGUUUUUUUUUUUUUUUUUUUUUUUUGACGGUUUGCUCUCUGUGUUCUGCAAGAAAACGAAGAGUUUCCUUGCCACCGUCAAAUUCAAAGAAUCUGCAACUGAAGCCAACCUUCUCUGAAGAGCAAAAUCCUAACCCCGGGUACCAUCAGUUGGUAUUCCAGCACCAAAAAGGGCUCAACCUCUUGGUACCAUCUCUACUGCUCCUUGGGGUUCUGCACUUAUUUUACCAAUUUCAUAUUCAUACAUAGCCAUGAGUUUUAAGGGACUCACUGAAGCCUCAAAGAUAGGAACCUUGAAUGCAAACUACAUGGCAAAACGUUUGGAGAGCCACUACCCCAUUCUUUUUCGAGGAGUCAAUGGAACAGUCGCCAAUGAAUUUCAAGGUAUCUCAAAUCAUGCUCUUCCUAUGGAUUCCCAAUUCUGGUAUACUGUUGGCUAUGUGAAUAUUAAAGCAAAAAAGUUGUUUAUACUUUGCAAGUUGAACUUAGACAUUGAUGCUCAAGGUCUAUUGUUCAGUUAAGGUUUGUCGGAACCGCAGGCAAAGAGAGAUAGGCCGUAUCCCCGUAACCGGUAAAGUAUUUGCUUUUUUUGUUUUGGUUUUAUUGUGGUAGAACUCGAACACUUUAGUGGCUUUAAAUUUUAAGAUAUUUCAUACUUAAUUCCAUCUGCCUUGAUACUAUAAAUAAAUUACCACUUAUCUAAAAAUUGUAAAUUGUUAGAAACUAAUAAAUUUAAUCAUUCAAUCAAAAUUCUUAAUUGCUCUUUCGGAAAUCCUAUUGCAAGGAGGGGGGAGAAUAUUCUCCAAAGAAUGAUGGAAAACUAGCAGUUUAUUCACGUGAUUUCAAAUCAAUAUCUAAUCUAAUACUAUAUAUGUUAAAACAGAAGCUAAGAGAAAGUAAGGACCUACAAUUAAGGAUGUUGGGAAAGGUAGAGAUAGAGUUAUUUUCUAUAUUUUGCUCCCAUGUCUUGCUGCUUGCUUUGUUGUAUAUGUUCUUCCCGUUGGUUGUGCAGGGUGAAUGGGAAAAGGAGCUAUCUUUGCUAGGUUUCUUGGUUCAAUAAGAAAAAGGAGGAAGCUUUAUACAUUUUUGGUCGUGCUUUCCUUGGAUUUCUUUGAGAGGUUGGUCAGACUAUUAUGGAGAGUUGUUGGUGGUCUUUUUGGGUUAGGAAAGGAUUCUGUUUAUGGAGUUAUGGAGGGCUGGAAUAGUGGUACUUUUUGUAUUUGUUAUGUUACUUUUUUUCUUUUCUAUCUCAUUUGUCUAUAUUGAAUUGUGCUUAAGAACAGCCAAUGCUAUUGCCCAUUGUACCUAGAUAUAUAAAUUACUUUGUUAUAUACUACAGAAUAUGAGUAGCAAGAUAGAGUUACAAAAAAUUGCCCCCUUUUGUAAAAUAUGUUACAAUCUAAUUUUAUAAAGAACAUUUUUCUACCA